AUGGCAUCGGGUGGAAAUAUAAGUGGGAAACAUUCGGUAAUCUUUAGCAAAAGGUGUGUUAUUUUGAAAGAUAAACGGACACAAGCAGAGCUCAACAAUGAGAUUGAAAAUCUGAUGAAAAGGCCUGAAUUUGAUUUGUACUUUACGUCGCAUGAAGAAAUUCCGCAAGAACAAUUAGACGCACUUCCAGAAGAGUAAGUGAGGCCUUCUGUUCGUUCUUAUUGUCAUAAUUAUGUUACUUAAGAAAUCGUCUGACACGCUUACAAAUCAAUGCUCGUCGUAUCGUGGCAAGUUCCAUCACUCCCGCUUGUACCGAAGAAAUGUCGUUUCUUUCACCACUAGUACACUCAUCAUUCUGCCAGUGGUUAUUUACUCUCUCAGAGUUACGCUUAAUCCUAUAAUUUCACGAAGAGUCUGCUAAUUACAGAAAUCGUUGUUAUUUCUAACUCCUGUUCCCAAUUUGAUAUUUGGAAUAUCUACAGUGACACCACGGUUUAAAGACUUUAAUUCUAGUUCCGUCAACCCACUACGUUAUUUUAAAAUGUCAAAAUGUAGUAACGGGUGCUGCUACCUUAAUUAACAAAUAGAGAAGCCUUGACUGUGCUCUGUUCUGUUAUAAAGCACGAAGGAAGCGGCUAGAGCACGAAAAAAGUGUAGGGAGAAACACGAGACGUAGCCGAGUGUUUCUUCCCACUUCUUGAAUGGAAGUGGGAAGAAACACUCGACUACGUCUCGUGUUUCUCCCUACACUUCUUUCGUGCUCUAGCCGCUUCCUAAGUGCUUUAUAACAGAACAGAGCACAGUCAAGGCUUCUCUAUUUGUUUUAUAAUAAAGAAUCCGUUAAAUUCCCCAUGUAUUACUUUCAAUUUUAAAAACAAACUUUAUUUCCAAAGCGAAGAACAGUGUCGUCAGCAUGCUCUAUACUCUCAUAGAGCACGCUACAAUUAGCCAAUGAGAAUCCCUGUUAGAAUGGUUCAAAUAAUCUGAUUGGCUGUACAAGACAAAAGCUGUCAAAAGUGUCAAACCAUCAAAGUUCAAAAACCAUCAAAGUUCACACUCUGCGAUAGUUUACAAACUAAAAUAGUUCGGCAGGUCGAAUUUAACUCUUUUGCCUGAAGUUUUUAAUUCAGAAUCUUGAAGUGAAAUGUUCAGUGAACUUCAGUCGAAUUAUGGCUCAUAAAAACACGCGGGUUUUUUCACAUGACAAGGUAGAAAACAAACUGUUCAAGGCGAGUGUUUUUUAAAUGAACGACAGCCGAAUUCACCGGAACAUGAAGAUCGCUCGGGAUGACAGCGCCGCAAAACUCGGCUGCAGUGACUGAAGUGACUUUCCACUCAACACAUUGGAAAGGAUAUCAGAGCGAGCUCUUAUUUUUUCACUCGAAGGGCGGCAUGAUAAGUGAACCGCGAUGGACUUCGGCAUGAUCAUAUUUGCUCAGACACCGUCAUGAUUAGUAUGAAUUUUUACAAUUAUGCCAGUUUGGCUAUAUUUUUCAUCAUUUCUGUUUUGUUCUGUUUUGUUUUUAACUCUAAACUUUAUAUACUAUACGAGUGUUGGCUGUGUUUGAUUUUCAUCACCGUACGUAAGCUUGCAAUCUAACAGAGCGUGAAAAUCUUUAAAACUCGGAAUGUCUAUUUUGUUUUUCCUUUGAGGAUUUUCGUAUCUGCCCACGUUUUAAUAACGUAAAUAACGGCGCCUGGUAUGUUUACAAACCUUUCUUUGGUUCUUCUGUUGCUACUUGCCGGCUCGCUUGUUCCGAAAUUUCACUUUCAAUUAUCGGAAAAAAGCUAAAAAGAAGUCCCGGAAAAGGUCGAACAUGGUACAAUUUGGCAGAUGGCGUGACAGCUUUAGCUCAGUUCUAUGCUCUAUACUCUCAUAAAGCACGCUCUUUCAACCAAUGACAGCGCGCGUUAUAUCCGAACUUUAUUAUAAACUCUCAUAGAGCACGCUACCAAUCGCUCUGACGGAGGGCUAACGCUCGAAACGUCAGCUUUUUUACCCUUUACGGUGGCUAAUUUACGUUUUCAACCUAGUUGUUAACACUAAAUUACCUGCUAUACUCUCCCACCGACGCAGCACCACAGUUUCUUUACUGAAACUUACCCCUUCAUUCAAGCUACAAUAAGCCAAUCAGGAUCCCUGUUAGAAUGGUUCAAAUAAUCUGAUUGGCUCCACAAGACAAAAGCUGUCAAAAGUGUCAAACCAUCAAAGUUCAAAAACCAUCAAAGUUCACAAUCUGCGAUAGUUUACAAACUAAAAUAGUUCGGCAGGUCGAUUUUAACGCUUUUGCCUGAAGUUUUUAAUAGAGAAUCUUCAAGUGAAAUGUUCAGUGAACUUCAGCCGAAUUAUGGCUCAUAAAAAACACGCGAGUUUUUUCACAUGACAAGGUAGAAAACAAACUGUUCAAGGCAAGUGCUUUUUAAAUGAACGACAGCCGAAUUCACCGGAACAUGAAGAUCGCUCGGGAUGACAGCGCCGCAAAACUCGGCUGCAGUGACUGAAGUGACUUUCUACUCAACGUAUCGGAAAGGAUAUCAGAGCAAGCUCUUAUUUUUUCACUCGAAGGCCGGCCGAUGUAGUUUCUGAGGCUUGCUUUACUGUAAUGACCGGAGAUCGCCAUGCUAAGCGAGCCGCGAUGGACUUCAGCAUGAUCAUAUUUGCUCAGCCACCGUCAUGAUUAGUAUGAAUUUUAACAGUUAUGUCUGUUUGAUUAUAUUUUUCAUAAUUUCUGUUUUAUUCUGUUUUGUUUUUGAACUCUGAACUUUAUUUACUAUACGAGUGUUAGCUGUGUUUGAUUUUUAUUACCGUUGAUUCGUAAGCUUGCAAUCUAACUGAGCGUGAAAAUCUUUAAAACUCGGAAUGUCUAUUUUGUUUUUCCUUUGAGGAUUUUCGUAUCUGCUCACGUUUUAAUAAUGUAAAUUACGGCGCCUGAUAUAUUUACAAACCUUUGUUUGGUUCUUCUGUUGCUACUUGCCGGCUCGCUUGUUCCGAAAUUUCACUUUCAAUUAUCGGAAAAAAGCUAAAAAGAAGUCCCGGAAAAGGUCGAACAUGGUACAAUUUGGCAGAUGGCGUGACAGCUUUAGCUCAAUUCUAUGCUCUAUACUCUCAUAAAGCACGCUCUUUCAACCAAUGACAGCGCGCGUUAUAUCCGAACUUUAUUAUAAUUUGUAAUAAGUAGGUGCGUGCGAAUGAGUAAAGCACGGACCGUUUGUUACCUCCAAGAGUUUCGCGUGCCUAAGCAUUCCGCUUCAAAUGUAAUAAGCAGCGGUGGAGUAUGCGGAAUAAUUUGGACAAAAGAUGUAAAUACAUUACGGGAAAGAUCUGUAGGGAAGGGUUUAAGGGAAAUGAUGACGCCUGUUCCUUAAGAUCAGUGAAUUCUCUUUGGUCAUGGAUGCAUAUUUCAUUUUGGAACAUAUUAACUGCUCCAUACAGAGGUCAGAAAGGCCACGCUUGAGGACAACACUGUAAACAAAAGGUCAACUCAGGUUGAAUAUAGGUGAUCAGUUUUGACUCGAUUCGGUCGAAGUAUUUACAAGAAGAGGAAAUGCCGACUCAUUGUUGUGUUCCAGAAUGUACAAAGAAAUACUACCGGAAAGACAAUGGGACAAAAGUGUCUUAUCUUUAAUUUCUGACCGAGAACCCGUUAAGAAGAAAUACCUCCACGCGAUAAGAAGAGACGAAGGAAAGCACUUCAAGGUAACUGAAAAUACAAAGAUAUGCUCCCAGCAUUUCAGGAAAAGUUAUAUUAGAAAUGUCUCGCGGUCAAAAAUGAAUUAAGAGAUGGAGUUGUCCCCUCUGUGUUUUAAUGGAUUCGAACAUCGCCACGCAAAGGAAAAGAGCUGGCGGAAAGAAACUUCGAACUGACAGCUUCGAAAAGUGCAUCACGAAAAUUGUCUACCCCAGCUAUUGUUCUUGAAGAAUUAUCAAAUGAAUCGUCGAACGAAAUGGUCCCAGAUCUACCAGAUUGUGGCUUAAAAGUCGAAGACGAAACACAAACUGAUUUUACCGACCAGGAGGCCUACUUGAGAGAAAUUAUUGACAACAAUAACAAGAAGAUACAUAAACUCGAACUCAUUUCCUACUGGCGGUCAAAAACUGACAACAACACUGAGUCUGAUUACAGUGAGGGCAGACUACUAACAAAAACGGGGAGAGCUAGAUCUUUAAGGCCCCUUGAUGAAUUUUUUAUAGUCAUGUGUAGACUAAGGCAAGGAUUCCCAGUGGACCAUCUAGCUCAAUUAUUUAAUGUAUUAGCAUCCACAGUAAGUAGAAUAUUUAUCACAUGGGUCAAUUUUAUGUUCUUUAAGUUUGGACAGAUAAACAAUUGGCCCAGCAGAAAAGUAAUCGAUACAAUGCCCGAAUCUUUUAAGGGAAGGUAAAAAUCUACUAGAGUCAUAAUUGACUGUACUGAGGUUAGAUGUCAAAUGCCAAGCAUCUUGCAGUUGAAUUGAGAACUUUUCAGUGCUUACAAAAAUCACACAACUUUGAAAGGUUUGGUUGGUAUUUCUCCCAGUGGAGCAGUGACAUUCAGAAUUCUACAGUAUACAGGUUCUAUCUCCAAUUGGGAAAUUGUCAGAUGGAGUGGAUUCUUAAAUCUAUCAUUUGAUGACAAAGACUCCAUUAUGGCAGAUAAGGGAUUCAUAGUUUAGGAUUUGUUGCCUUUGGGAGUCAGUUUAAAUUUGCCACCCUUUCCUGGAGCAUCUUCUCAGAUGGCUGCAGAAGACGUGGUAAAAACACAGGAAAUUGCAAGUUUACGGAUUUAUGUUGAACCUGCCUUUAACAAGAUUAAGAAUUUUCACAUCUGGGACAGAGUUGUUCCACUACAUCAAAUGGGAAUUGUAAACCAGAUGUGGGAAGUGUGUGCAUUCUGUUGUAAUGCACAACCUAACCUAAUAUCAAUGUGAAUAUCACAUUCAUGUGAGGCAUGAAUGAAUUACUUAACCCAUAAAUUGCCUACAAAUCUCUUCUCUCCCUAGAUUAUAAGGGGCUACAAAUUGGGCAUUAAGAUAAAGACAACAUUUUCCCCUCUGUUCUGACUAUUUAUCGUAAGGUAUACAUGAUGAUCAUAAUUGAGCAACUUCUUUUCUGUCUGCAAAGACCAUGUUGUCUAUGUUGUGUUUAAAUUAUCUUUGGUGCAAAAUGUUUAAACCAGUUUGGCUUUAAUUUUCCUUUGUAUUCUUUAGCAUACUUUAGAACAAAGGAGAUUAAAAAUCAAACUGGUUGGAAAAAUUUCAACCCAUGACAAAUUAAAAUUACAAAACAGUAAGAAUUCAUUCAUGUAAGGUAUUAAUUCCCAGUCAACAAGUAAAUUCACGACAAUUAAGAAUAUUUGAAUGUAGAAGCAUGGUAUUACCAGUUCUGUUGAAAAAAACAGAUGUCAUAACAAAAUAGCUUUAGCAGGAAAACUGUAGAUUACAGGGUCAAUCAGAUGUAGCUGUUCACAAGACUUCACAAUCACUGUUGUUAUUUGCCAGACAAUUUCAAUUGAAAAGCUUUGCAUAAGCAAACUUAAUAAAAUGUUCAAAGUAAUAAGAAAGCAGUUUCUGCCCUUGUUCGGCCCAGAAACCAGGGUCGUAUGUAGUCAUGCACUCGCUUCACCGCGUCUCCACAACAUUUAAGCCAAAAUUUAAUAUCUGAGAUUUUUAACUCCUCAGGUUUUCUUCCAAGAAGAGAAGCGCCAGGUAUAUCGUUUUCCGUAAGAAAUGUCGGAUUUAAAAUAUUCGAACUACUCGCCUUAACAAUCGAAGAGGGACGCGACGCGAUAGUUUGGCCUUUCUGACCUCGUUUUCAUGCAACUCGAUCCAGGACUCUCGCGAUGUCCGCCAUUAUGAAAGUCGUAUAUCGGAUAGAAAGCGUGGACAUCAUUAAUUAUUCAUAACCGAUAUAGCGUGCCUCGACCAGCAAGCUGUUAGUAAUUGGGAGCUCUUUUCGCAGCUCACUGAAUCCCCGAUCGCUUUGCAAUCUGUAUGCGAUCGGGAGCUGAUGAUCAGUUCCAUUCCAGGGAUAGCACUAGCAUAAAACGCUCGAUAGAAACUGUGAUCCUAAAAUAGCGAAUUUGUUCAUAAGCACUACUUCGUUCGCUUUUUUCAUUUUCAAUUCGAAAAAACUUACAUCAGAGCGAUUCAGAGAAUUUAUUUUGUCCUUCAUUUACGAUAAAAUAAAUUUUUCGAUGACACAAUCGAAUCCUAAGCGGGAAGUAAUAAGAAACACACGCUGUUUAUCAAACUGUCUUAGACUUAAUAUGAAGCGAAAUGUAUGUUGAUUAAGUCUUAGCGAGAUAUGAACAAGUAACUUUCCUAUGAUAAAUAUCGAACGCAUAUGGCCCUUACAAAUCCACGCUUGAAAUAGCAAGGUUCAAAUAUGCGUGUACCAUCAGAAACAAUAGUUGAAACAAUACGGUUAUACGGUCUUUGUGUCUUAGCUCCACCCUGACAAUUUAAUGAGCUAAGGAAGUAAAUUAUUCCACACUGCUUCCAUUGCCGCAGCGCAAUGAGAUUGGGAAUAAAUUUGGCGACCCCACAGUGUGAGAACUGUGGGGGGGGGGGGGGGGAGAAAAUAAAAUUCAGUGUUGGCCUCCCAGAACUUUCCCGUAAAAAACCUCUCCAUCUCGUCUUUGCAUGAUUCCAGUUUGCACUGCAGUUGAGCAAGGAUAAUUUACUCAUCUGCGGCAAUCUUAUAUUCGCUGCUGUAAUAUGUGGUGUGAAUAGUAAACUAUUCCACGCCGCUUCCAUUGUCGCACUGCAAUGAAAUUGACGAUAAAUUUGGCUCCCAUCGCUUAGUAUCACUCAGUGUCCUCCUGUUACCACACUAACGAUGGGCUCCUCCCCAAUACUAAUAAUUUACUACAGAGUCCAUUGCUAGAAUGCUUAAGGUCUCUAUUAUCAAAAAACCUAAUCGUAAAUUCCCAAAACUACACCAAAAUGCAAUCCAAUAGCCCUGGAAAGAGAAACUGUCCAUUUUCAUUCACCGAUCACCCCUCAUUGUAAGGUCUCUUCCCUGGAUUGUAGGAAGGAAAGGCACACACAAAUCGUUUCAACUGGUUAAAGUCUUGCUAAAACCCGGUCAGUUCCGUAACAAUACUCGAAGCCAGUCUUGCCAAGGCUCAAGUGGAAUUCAGAACCUUCGCCAAUUGCAUGUAGUAGAGGGUUGUGUGUCUACGAGUCCAGCCAACAUGGUCCAUGAUCUCGGCUACGGUGUUACGCGCGCCUGUAACUGCUCAGCGGUAACCAGCGUGUAUGCACAUAAUGUUUUCAUAUAUUCCAACUCUCCCGUAGCAUCCAGUAGUCUCCCAGACACAGAGCCAAUCUCCCGCUCUCCCGUACGGGUGACCAAAACUACCGGAUAAAAGGAAGUUUGGGUCAGUUGCUGACAAAAAACUAAGAUUUGAGCUCCGUCUGUUCCAAAAUUCCAAAAUAAUCUGGCUUCUUAUGCCUGUAUUCCGGUUUCUGGCUUCAUUUUCUUGCGUGAUGCACGUUUUUCGGAGGUUCAAAUCAAAAAAGAUAUUUUCAGGGGAGGGGGGGGGGCCGCAUUGGCGAAUUCGGUUGGGGGGGUGCUGGUCCUAAAUUAUAUCUCCAGAUUUGAGAUCUCUAGAAGUUGGCAUCUCUGUGUUUUCUAUAUCGAAUUAAACCUUGUCGACACUUUCUACUUUCGUGACUUUCCGUUAAUAGGCACAUAGAACGGUGGGGGUAAACAGUUAAGCGACAAUGGGAAGGUCUUAAGUAAAAAAAAAAGACGAAAAAACACCUGUAGUUUCCUUGAAACUGACCCUUUAUUACUUGUAUUUGCGUUCACAUGAGUUGGUAGACAAAUGAGCUUUCGAGCCGCACUUCAGUCUUCAUAACCUAAAGCCUUAUUUGACUCACAGUUCAUACUGAUGGUUGAUUUUCCUGAUACUAUUGUUCUUACUGAGAGGAUUAAGAGUUCGUAAUGAAAGACCAGCAUAAAGGCCCAUAAGUCACCUGGAAUUCCAUUUAUGACUCUGCUCCACCCUUCUUUUAAGGGUAGUAACAAAGCAGGCGUGUCACCCGCAUUAGCUAACUUCUGAGCUCUCCAGGAUUUGCGUUGCAAGAGGGGCCACCAACACUUCCUUGGAUAAGUAUACAAGAAAGACAUUUUGGUUGUACCCUUCAGUUCUGUCUUCCAUGUAAAGGUCCCCCUAUUUCACCUACCUAAACCAUUAAUAUAAUGACUAUUAUCAUUAUAGUCAUUAUCAGUAUCAUCAUAGUUGCCAUCAUCAUUAUCAUCAUCAUCAUCUUCAACGUGGGUAACAAAACAACAUUUACAUUGACUUUAAAUUACAAGAAUAACUAGCUAGUGGACUUACUGCUUACUACAUUACUGUAUGCUUAAAGUAUACAAAACACCAACACAAUUAAGAUUGAACAUCUUUUCAUUAUUAAGAUACGUAAUUAACCUAGGUGGCUUCCAUUGCAAAAGAAUUUACCUUUUUCCCUUUCAAAUAUGGUAAUGACUUUAAUACUAUUGGUGUCUUCAACUGUCUUGAGAAACAAAGGAAUAUCUGGUAAUUUUUCUUUCAUAUUCCUCCAAAAUAUUUGCCAUAUAUUUGGAGAGAAGAAUGAAAUAGUUGAAUAUGAAACAGGGAGGAUUUUCAAGAUUUUUGCCAUGUGUUAUUGAAAAUUAUCUCAGAACAUGAAUAUUUUAUCAUUUUCAGAAUUAAUGGCACAUAGGCAAAUCAAUUCAAUUUUGUUCUUUUUUCAGAUUGACAUUUCUAUGGCGGGGUAAGGAGCUUCAAGACUUCAUCAAGAAUACUUCAAGUAAAGAUGAAGUUGUAAUAAUUUGUGGUGCUGUGGAUGAGGAUAUGCAUGUGGCAGCAAGCACAAAGUCAUUCCUUAUUGCUGCUGGCUGGGUGAAUCUAGAACCCAAGGUCGUGAAAUAUGGUAUACCAGCACCCACACCAUUAAAGAUGACUGCACUUAUACAAAUUGUAGCAAAUCAGACCAGCUGGUACUAUUUAUGUACCUUCAAUGAUCCUGUACCAACCAAAGUGGUUUCCCUUUGUCGGGCAAACACGCAUUUAAGCAAUAAUGAUGCUGAUGAGAAAGCCAUGGCAGAGGCCUUUCAGGCCAUCUUGAAAGACGGUAACAACAACCCAGUGAUUAAGCAAGCUCUGAUCUGCCACCUUAUGGCAGGUGAGGAUAGAGUUUUUUCAGUGUUAUCAUCUUAUAUUGUAGGACUUGUCUCAAGAAAUCUUAAAGACACAAGCAGCACGUGAGUGGUGGUGAUUUGGGUGUGAAAUUAGAGCUUUCUUCCAAUCAGUCACAGCUCACACUUCAAUUCAACUAAUUUAAAACAUGAAGAUUAAAAUUAAAAAACAAUUUAAACUAGACACCUGCAGUUGCGUCAGUAAGUUUAGUGUUCUCACCAGGAUUUUUCCAUGGGGGGUCCCAGGGCUGCCUCUGCUGAGAGAUUGGGGCCAUGUAAGAACAUUAGGGUGGCAUAGUUACUCGCGGUCCACAACUGGUGUGGAAAAAUUCUUUGUGAGCACUUUAAAUAGUUUGUUACAUGAGGUACCAUAACCUGAUCUAAUAUGGCGGACAAGGUAGUUAAGAUUUGCAGACAUUUACCAAUCUUUACCACAUAUGUAGGACUAACAGAAAUAAAGGAAAUAAAAUUAAACAAUUUAAAUCUUUUGAUAUCAUGUUUUUCAUUCAUUUUAUUCGAACAAGCUAAAUACCGGACUGUAGAUUAACCAUUAAAACUACUUAACAUUCUAAAGUCAGUUUGACUCUUAGCUUGCCCCUGCACUGCACCUUAAAGGGUGCAUCGUCUUAGCUUUAAUGCACCAUCUCAGUUUUUCUUGCAUGAAUGCUGCAAGGCCACGGCCUGGUGAGAACACUAAGUUUAUCAACUUUAAAUGGAAUAUAAACCACAAACUCACUAAAAACUGCAAAAUGACCAAUCUCUUUAAUUUUUGGUGCAUUUCUUGUUGGCUUGUAACUCUACUAAUGAGUGUCCUGUAAUUGUCAUGUCAGAAUUUAAAGCAAAAAAUUCCCCAUACCAAUCUAAGGAGAGCUUCAACUGUAUAAAUUAAUCUUGGGUGGGGUAUGAUAAUACUAGAGUUUUGCAUAGAAUACUUUGACUCUGCUAAUUGCAAUUUUAUAAAUACAAUUUUAGGGAAAUAACAUCAUUGUCAGAAUGAGAUAUCUUGCUAUUACAUAAAACUGCAGCUGCCAUAUUUGCCUCUAUUGAGUUAUUAAGUAAAUCCUGUUUCAAACAUUUUCUAGGUAUACCAUAAUUGUGUAUAUUUUCACUUACUCUAACAGCUAUUGCUCACGAUCCUGAGUUCAAAGAUGUUCAAGAUUGGGCAGUGGCCCCAUCCUCUUCAACAAACCCACCACAGAUUAUGGAGGAAUUGAAAGAGCAUGUAAGAUGCAUGAUGAAUGGGAAAAAGCCCGAAGCAAUAUUUUUGAGACAUAAAACAACAAACAAAUCACGGUUUGAAAGUAAGGACUUCAGACAAAGUAAUGACUACUGCCAAAAGCACUUUAAAUCUAUCCUUGUAAGUGAAAAUUAUCACAAAAACUAA